UUAUUCUUUAUUUGUGAUGAGGGGUAGUAUUUUAGAAAUGAGAACCGAACUAUUUAACGAGGUAACAUUAAUUAACGCGUAAACAACCAGGGAACGAUAUAAAAGACUCGCUGUAACAUCCUGUAACAGUGAUAUCAUUUAAUACGGGCGGAAUCCAUAAAUAAAACAAUUGGUUAUAUACAUAUGUUUUUCAAAUCGACGAAUGCUAUUAUAUAUUUUGUAUUGAGCACUCGUUUCGGGAGAGAGACGCCGACGCCCGGCGCCGACGUCGUUUUUAAAGCGUCAACGUUGUGCCAGAGUAAUCUCACCCAAUCCGGGGGACUCAUAAGUAAAAAAAAAUCGUUAGAAUAAUCAACCCUCUUGGACACGCUGGCACAUCGUAAAGAUGCAUCGGUGAAAAGUUUUAUUGUCGGAGGUUUUCGACAUUUUUCAUUGAGGUGUUAAGAUAACGAGCCAGAGAAAGGGGGGGAGAAAAAUAUAACAAUGAGCGAUGAAAUUAACGUUGUGAACAAAGAGGCGUGAAACCGUUUCUCCGUAAUUGUACGAUUUUUUUUAAAUUCGUGCUCCGGCAUCGAGAUACGUAUCCGUUGUGCAAAAGAAACGUGGGUCCAUCCUUCACGUGGGUGAUAGCUCGUCGACUAAAUUUUUUCUUUCACGUUUCAUUUUGAAAUGGGUACGGCGGGUCGCGAUUUCGAACGCGAUCGGGAGGACGAGCUCCACUGUCGAAUUUGUGCUAGUGACAUACCAAGAAACGACGGGGUCCACAUUUUCGCCGAGGAUGGUAGACGGCACUACCUGCAGACCAAAAUACGAAAAUAUCUGUACAUCUUGGUAUCUUCCGAAGAUAAGUUUUCAAAAAUGGUGUGCGUUACAUGCAUCAAAAGAUUAGAAAGCAUUCAUCGCUUUGCAAUGAUGGCAUAUAGAACCCAAGAGAAAUUAAGGUUGCAAUUAUAUAAUAGUAUAGAUAAUACAAACUCUGUGCAGGAUGUGGAUUCGGACAGUGUUAAAGACCCACAAGAUGGAACGAAAAGAGCGGAAGAUCGAGGAUUGCUACAUACGAUACUAACAAAAGGUGCAAUAGAAAUUUUGGCAGAAGGUGAGCCAUUGGGACCAUCGGAAUUAAUGUCGCAAGAAGACAAAUGUCUUACUCCAAGUAUGGAAGAAAUGGAAGUUAAAGUAGAUCCAAUGUUAUUUUUACAAUACGGUAUGGAACAGUCAGAAUCUGAAACCUCGGUGACUUCAGAUACAGAAGAUAAAAUAACAAGAAUCGAUUCUCUGGAACCAUUACCUUUAACGAACAAAACCGAAGAUAUAAAAAAGGAGAAAGAAGAUGAAAACAGUGACGAUAGAGCACAAGCAGACGAUGAGGAACUCGUUUCUAAUGCACCGUCUAAGCCUCAUGAAUGCACAAUAUGUUCGCGAUCCUUUAUAUCACAAAUUGGUCUACAAAAUCAUCUAUGGUCUCAUUUGCCUAAAGAUAAGCGAACCGAUGGAAAGCCUAUCCUUAGAUCACAACAAGUGUACUCCACCAACGGCGUGCUUCACAUGAAUACCGAUAAUAAUUCAUCAGGGAACUUCGUUUGUCCAAUUUGUAGUAAAAAAAUUUCUACCAAAGGCAAUCUAAAAGUACAUUUAGAAACGCAUCGGCCUAAGGGGAAGUACGGUUGUGACAUAUGUGGUAGAAUCUUUAAGACGCAAUCAAAUUUAUUCAGACACAAGGAGUACCAUGGAGGAAUACAAUUUCCAUGCAAUGUUUGUGGCAGAGUUUAUCCAACGAAUUCAACGCUGCGUGCCCACAGUAUUACGCACUCGGAUCUGAGACCGCACGCGUGUCCUCUGUGCGACAAAACAUUUAAAAGAAAUCAGGAUUUGAAGUUUCAUAUAAAUCAACAUACAGGUGCAAGGCCUUACCAAUGUCCUUACUGUCCAAAAGCCUUCGCGAGUUCAGGUAAUUGUUUUUCACAUCGUAAAAGGAUGCAUCCUCGAGAAGUACAUCGAGAUAGACAGAGAGCGGCAGAUUUAAUGAGAUGAACCAUGGGUAACCACUACGAAGAAUGGUUUUAGAGAGACGUAAUAAUUUAGGAAACGAUUGUUUUAGAUGUUACCGAAUGAACGAGCUUUAGUUUUGAAUAUUAAUGGUGCUAACACGAGAGGCAACAGCAAAUUUUGUAUGCUUUCAUUGACUCGUUUACGAUUAGUGUUAGGUACGUUAUUGUUAGCAACAGGCACUUAGUUGUUUGUUCUUGAGCCGUGACUAGGUUUUAUUAAGACAGAAAUAGCAACGGAUAAAUAUAUAUAUAUACACACAUACAUACAUAUAGUAUAUAUAUAUAUAUAUAUAUUUCUUAAUUUUUUAACUUAUCGAUGUUGCUGGACAUGCAUUUCCAUUGUUGUUGAUGAAUUUAGUGAUUAUUAUUUUAUAACUCGUACGUACAUAGUACAAGUGAUAAUAACAAUAGGUUUUAAACACUCUAGUCGAAAUAAGAAAUUUGUAUUUUUUACUGGUUUAUCUAUAUUUACCAUGUACACAUUUUCUUCUCAAUCCCUAGGAUAGAAAUUCUAAUUAGACACCACUCUCGGUACCAUUUCUUAGAGAAAAUUCUACGAAAGUUUAAUAUCUAAAUGGAAACAACAAUUGUUGUAUAACACGAUAAACUAUAAACAACAUUAACAGUAUACGUACAGUAUUAUUUGAAUCGUUUCGAAUUAGAAUAUAUUAACUCAUUGAUUACGAACACGAUGAAACAUUAAAUGAUAAGCGAUAUCUUUUAUGGGUUGACUAAAGUACCAAGUAAGACACGUCGAAAGGAACUUGACGGGAUAAAACUGUGAUUUUUUAUAAAUCGGCGAUAUCUUUGACAUACGAAAAUUGAUCCGUGUUCCAAUGGGUUGAGUAUUCGACGAGUGAAUCGCGAGUAUCGUAGAAUAGCGAUAGCACAAUUCAUUGCGAAACGUUCACGCUCAAGAUUUGUGUUCUCCAAUGUUACUAGUUUUUCAAAUCGUGAAUUGUUCUUCAUGCGUAACAUGUUCGAGCGACAUGUACUCGAAUAUCAAUUAACGGAGAAAGGUACAAAGGUUUAACGUUCAAUCAUUUUACGUUGAAUUGAUAGUUUAGUCGUUGGCGGAAGCAAUUUUAUCUUGUCGUUAUUUAAAAGACAAAUGUAUACAUGCACACCGCACACGUACACGCGUAAACACAAAAAAAAAACAUACGUGAACGGAUUUGAGCGACGUCGAACGUUCUAAAAGAAAACGCGUUAUUUUGUCCAUACAAAGCAUUGCUGUGUAACAGCAACUACUUCAUAAGGCUACAUUAUACAAGACGGUGACCAAAGAAAAAUCCAAGGAAAAACGAAAAUGUUGAGGGGCUGGGGGUGGGGUGGGACGGGGUGGGGAUACACUCUUGUGUACAAGGGAAAGUUGGUAGUUCGAGGAAUAUUUUUAGCACGAUAAAAACGAGCAUCAUCAUUGAGUAACGUUAAGACUGUAUACGAAAAUUCUGUGUCAAAUUAGGUUAAUACAUUAUAAAUGUAAGGAUAGUAUACGAAAUAUCGAUGGCCGUAUUGUCAUGAAAGAUGCAUCUAGUUUAUUCAGAUACAGUAUUAAACGAGCUAACAAACGUGUAAAACGAAAACCGUAGAUGCCGUAGACGAACGAGUUAUGAACGAUCCACAAUGUUAUUCUUUUAAACAGGUCUGUAAGGAUUAAAAUAAAUGUUAACUGAAGUCUGAGUAGCUUUAGGAGGAUCUAGGUAAGUUUAGUGGAGCCGUGUAUUUCGUAGAGAUCGUAGACCGUGCUUCCGUAUAACGUACACACUCGCACACAGUUUGUGUGGUACCCAGACACAGGGACGGGUGGGGGGGAUCUGAAAUCGCAGAAAAUUCGAAUGGGAGGUAAAGCAACUGCUGACAAGUGGACUGCGGAUUCUAUAGAGUAGGCUUAGUAUAUUUUUUCGUUCUGAUCUCAACAUCGCGUGAUCGAAGGAAUAAUUCGUAAUGCAAAAAAAGAAAAAAAGAAUCAAAAUCCGCGGUCUUCUGGUGAGCUGGUAGGCGAUUAGGGGAUUAGUCGAUUAGGCAAUUAGACGAGUAAGCGAUUAACCGAGUAACCGAAUAACCGAGUAAGAGAGUAUGGUAGCAUUUAAUGACGAGAAAAUCUUGUGUAACCACGUUGCUACGUUAGCGAUAGUAGGGUGACCAAGCUUUCGCCUCGACGAUAUCUCCGCGUUUAAUGGACCAAAGAUCUUCUUAGCUCCGAUUCCGCGCGACACGAGAAACCAGCUGAACGACACAUCGAAGCGUUUAACAAUAACCGUUAUUUAUUCGUCGAGCAAUCAUAGCUUCCACGGGUCGCCCUAGCUUGUUAGAAACACAAUUGUAUAUUUUGCGAUUAAGUUUUUCGAGGACGCUUGCCAGUCGCAUCAGCAACACGGGGAGAGAUCAUCGAGCGAUCGCAUUCGAUGUAUUCGCGAGAACGAUCGAUUUUUGUAAAUGAGAAGGAAACAGAAAGCUCGGUUUUUCCAUCCGACACCUUGGGCGGGGUUGGGCAAAUUCUUCUGAACAGAAUUCUCUCUGUAACUGCCAAACUUCGUUGCUUCCGAAACUUACGGUUCACCCAACAAUGCGUACACAGUUUCGUUUUUAUUACGUUUUCUCUUUCGAGAUGAACAAACGUUCACUGGAGAAUCAGCAUCGAUUAUCCACCGGUGUACAAUUCAAUUUUCGAUUGCCAAAUGAUUUGCUCAGUCCCUGCCGCAAGGACGGAGAAAAUUGAGCUCGAGUCAUUUGUCUAAAGUCCACGUACCGGAGUUGUCUAGCAUCUAAUUAGCGGUUAAACAAUAUCUCAGAAGUGCCAGUAACCAAGUGAACUAACGUAGCGUAUUUCGGCAGACGAAUACUGGAUAAUUACUUGUAGAAUCAAGAUAUGAGUUAUCCGUAAUAUCAAUUGUGACACUUAAUAAAAAUAAUUGUAUAAAAA